GAAAGUUUAGCAUAUUUCUCGUUGAACGUUUCUUUCUACGCAACCAACGUAAGUCAGUUUAUAUCGUAGUAACUAUGGUUACAUAACGCGCAUGCGCAUUUCCUUGUACUAGCCAAACAUGGUUACUGGAAUGCAUUUAAAUCGACUUAAAAUGAACUGGCAAGUUGUUUGCAUUUUACCACAUUCUCUUAUUAAAGAGUGUGUGAGAAUUUACACUGCUUUUUUGAACAGUUGAGUAUUUCGGACGCAAAAACAGUUUCUGCACCAUCACAUCUCCACUUGCAGCCAGUAUGCUCCCUCCAAAAUGUCCAGUCUCAGAGUUUACCUGCGGACACCACCAGGAAAAUCACUUGAGGCAUCUCCCCUUUUUGUCAGCACAUAUGGUCAACUGAAGCUGUCCGUGGUCUUGAGACAUGAAGUCCUCUGUGUCAGCGUGCUGGAAGCCAAAGACAUUUUGGUCGAUGGCCAAGAUCCAUGUGACUCUUACGUGAAGGUUGGCAUGUUCCCAGGCGGCGACCCAAGAGACCGGCCAAAGACUCAACGGGUGCCUCGAUGCAAGAAUCCUGUCUUCUUACAGACAUUUUACUUCGUUGUCAGUGACCAGGACCUUGAUAAAAGACUUCUCUUCACAAUAUGGAACUCGGACUCCGCCACCAGAAUGAGUGUGCUCGUAGGUUGUAUCAGCUUCGGUGUUCGCUCGCUAAUGGACCCCAAAAAGGAAGUUCAAGGCUGGUACUAUUUGCUCGGGGAAGCGAUUGGGAGGAAGAAACAUCUUAAAGUGCCUGACCAUCACAACUCCCAUCGUAAUGAGGCUGUGCUGUCAAACCAUGGUGCUGCCCCCGAGACCAAUCGCCCUGAGAAUAUGCAAUGCUUAACGGUGACUAUCCUUCGAGGAAAGGAUGGAUACGGCUUCACCAUCUGCUCAGAUUCCCCUGUGAGGGUCCAGGCUGUAGAUCCAGGGGGUCCAGCAGAUCAGGCAGGUCUGCUGCAGUUAGACACCCUCCUGCAGCUCAAUGGUCAACCCGUCGAGCAGUGGAAAUGUGUGGACUUGGCUCACGCUAUCAGAAAUAGUGCCAAUGAAAUCACACUGGUUGUUUGGCGCACGGGCCCCUCUGCCAAGCCCAACUUUGAGGGCCUCAUCCACAGACCCUCCUACAAGCCCUCCACCUCAAAUUACGAUGCUCCCUCGCCACCCACCCGCAGGCGUGCUCCUGAUAUCGGCACCAGCAAGACCCCUCCAGCCGUGCCACCACUGCCAGCCCACCACCGUGCCACCGCCAGCCGAAGGCUGCUGGUCAACGGCUCCGAGGCUGGGAACGGAGGUGGUGUCGGCUUAGGGACUUUGAGGUGGGGGGCGCAGGGAGGAUCGGCCGAGGAGCUGGAUGGGAAAGUGCGACACCUACACCACCCCCACACGGCCACACUGAAGGGCACCAGAGUGAAAGCAUCCAACGGGGACAACUACAUCAUCCUGGCACCCAUCAACCCUGGAAGCCAGAUCUUGAGGCCUGUAUACCAAGAUAAUCAGGCAACCUUAGCAGCCAGGCUAUAUCCCACCCGUCAGAUGCCCGGAUCCCAAAACCAGAGUGUGGGCAGUGGGAAUUACGCUGCAGGAAUGAGCAGCAGCAGCGGUGGAGUUGGAGGUGGCGGUGGUCUCUCAAACCGUACCGCUUUCUUAAGGCGGUCCAACAAUGCCAAGACGACAAAAACAACUUCCACGGCUGCUACCUCUUCCACACCGAACUACCAACAGCAGAAUGCCAACUUUGCCAACUACCAGAACUGUACGAUUGUACGCUCACACACUCCACAUGCCAACUAUGGAUAUGUAAAAGUGGCACCAAAGAUACUUAUCUUCCCCAUCUUUGUUCAGCCUCUGGAUCUGUGCAGCAGGAAUCUGAUCAUAUCUGAAGAAAUGAUUCUGCAUGAGAGCAAGCAUCACUCUUUGAAGGUGACGGUGUUCGUCUACAGCGACCUGAUGCUGGUCACUCGAGAGGACGAGCCCGGCAGAUGUAACGUCCUUCAGAGUCCCUUGUACUUGCGGCAGCUGCGUCUUCAAGAUGAUUAUGCGGAAGAACUCAGAUUCUACCUGAUCCAUAUGACGGAGAAGUGUGACUGCCUGCUCAGUCUGGAAGCCUACUCAACAGACCAGAAGCACCGUGUGUGUCAGUGCCUGAAGGACAACAUCGACAAGCAACUCCAGCUUCACAGGAGGGAGCCCCUGCUUCCGCAUUUUGACCAGAUGUUGGAGCCAAAGGUGGACACCUCCCCUUGUGACCUGGGUGGACUUGGUGCAGAUCGCAGCGGAGUAUGUCUCCACCUUCCACCUCGAAGUUCAGAGGGUGAGGAAAGCAGCUUGUAUCCCUCCAGCCCAUCAGAGCCGCCAACCUUGGGCAGCCCACACACCUCAGAGCCGCUGACUCCUGUUGAUGAAGUUUACCUACCACUCGGCGGUCUGGGCGGAUCCACCGAGCGACACAAGGUGCCUCCCACACCACCGCCUUCCACUGAAGGAGAAGACUGCAAGAGCAUGGAAGGAAAUGAGAUGGAGAUCUGGAGAGAGGCGCAUGACCUGCUCAAGAGGACGGAGGAUGAAUUUGAGGAAGAGGAUGGGAGUCGGAAGAGUGCUGGCAGUGAGUUGGAAGAGAAGGAAGGAGGCGAGGAAGAAGGUGAGAGGGAUGAGGAGGAAGUGAAUCUCCUCCUGGUGGUGUCCAAUACAGAUGAAGACAAUGCCUCUGAACCCCCGGACACCAACGCACCACCCUCCUCCUCAUCAUCCUCUUUCAUAAUCCCUGAGCUACGCCUGGACCGCUCCUUCAGUGCCGACGCCCUCUCCUCCCCCAACACCGACGAAGAAGAAUACGAUGAUGACGACGAUGAAGAGUCCGACGAGGAUGACGAGGAAGAUGACAGCGAUGAUGCCUACCUGCAGCGCAGUGACAGCAAGCGCCGCAGCAUGGUGGAGGGCGCCACCUGUGAGAAACACGGAGGGGUGCGGCUCAGCGUCCAGAACUCUCUCCGUCGCCGCACGCACAGUGAGGGGAGUCUGCUGCAAGACCCCCGGACCCCGUGUUUCACCUCCGACAAUGCCAUCAACUGUCUGGAGGCGGGAGGAGGACAUCACAAGGGGGGGUGGACGCUCCCGUCACCCAAAACCUUGAAGAAGGAGCUGACCAAGAACGGAGGCUCCAUGCAUCAGCUGUGCAUGCUGUUUUCUGGGAGAAAGCUGAGCUCCGGAUCCCCCUGUAGCUGCGAGGUCGGCUCCGACGGGAAAAAGAAGAAGAGAAGGUCCAAGAAUCUGGCCAAAGACAUGAAGAAUCGCUUGGCUUUCCUGCGGAGGCGGAAUGAAUCCCCAGGAAGCAACGCCGCCAGCAAGUUAGACAAAUGUAUGAAGUCAGUCAAGCCCACGCCAGAGGAGGCGCUCAAGUGGGGGGACUCGCUGGACAAGCUCUUGACGCACAAAUAUGGCCUGGCAGCCUUCAGAGCGUUUCUGCGCACCGAGUUCAGCGAGGAGAAUCUCGAGUUCUGGCUGGCGUGCGAGGAAUACAAGAAGGUCAAGUCACAGUCCAAGAUGGCCUCAAAAGCCAAGAAGAUCUUCGCAGAAUACAUCGCCAUCCAGUCGUGUAAAGAGGUCAACUUAGACUCCUACACCAGAGACCACACAAAGGACAACCUGCAGAAUGUGACUCGCUCCUGCUUCGACCUGGCGCAGCGGCGGAUAUACGGGCUGAUGGAGAAGGACUCAUACCCCCGAUUCCUCCGCUCAGAACUGUACUUGGACUUAAUCAACCAAAAAAAGCCCAGCUCCACCUCGACUUCAUCCUCGUCGUAAAACACACUGAACUGGAGAGGGCUUCUUUUUUGUUUUGAUUUUCGAAUGAGGUUCUCUGUCUGCCUUUUAUUUUCGUGUAUGUCCAUCAUCACGUUGUUGACAUGAGAGAGAGAGAGGAUGGGGCUUGGCACUGUGAUGGAUUGUAGUUUACACGAAUGGACCGGGACGGACGAGAGAAAGAGUGUGAGGCCGUUCGUCCGACCACAUUUUUUUAUUAUCAUUUGAAAUCUUUUAUGUCUCUAUCCAUUUGUACUGGAGAAAAGGAGGGCGUUCUCAGAGAACCCUGCAGACAUGAAGACAGUCCGGUACUGUUUUGUCACUUAUUUCUUCCUUUAAAAACCCCUCCUUUCCUCCGCCACGGCGACCUCCACAUCAGAGCUGUCGGUACGACACAACAAUAAGUGGAAAAAAAAAAAAUAGAGGCACAUGCAACCACUCUUCUGCUUCUAUAAAUGGCUUUUUAAGACGACUGUGGACAAAUGCUGUUAGCGUGGAUAAACAGAGAUGGACGAAGCAUAAAUAAAGGACAGAGCGAAGCUGUGAAGAAUCACAGACAUCCAUGAAAAAGUCACAUGCAAACCUGAGGAAGAGUUCCUUCAACAUUGUAGCUGAUUCUGGACCAUCCGUGGAUGCGUUCUCAGGACACUGGUGCAUCCAGACUUCUUUUUUAUUUGCAAUUUUUGGAGGGGGCGAGGGGGUUUCUGACACUCCAAGAUGGUUGAGUAGAAGUUGUAUAAAGAAUAUUUAUUUAGUUUGCUGGACUGCUUCACCCUUUAAACGCACUCGGCUUAAAAGCUCCUCUCUAACCACCACACAGGUCCAACGCUGUCCUGGAGUUAAGUGCAAUAUUUUUAUUUUUUUAUGUUAUUUUAUUAUUAUUAUUCUGUUUAUGUAAUUGGGGUUAAGAUUUUGAGGGUGGGGGGCAGUGGGGGAGGGACGACCAGCUUGAGCUCGGUAUUUACUUUAUCCGUUGCAAGAGAACAAAAAUACAUUUAGAGCUACAAAGUUGACUUAACAAUGUAAACCAUAAGUAGUUUGGAUUUUAAGCGACUCUAACUGUGUGAGCCGCCGGCAGCAGGCAGCCGGGGGCGGUGUGACGGUUGUACAUAUGAUUCUUUAAGAAAAAAAUGUGAUAAUACAUGAAAAAAAAAAGAUCAUGUCUCUGCUGGUGAGACCCCAGCUGUAUCUAUGUAAAUACAAGAGACUGAGAACUAUAAGAUGUAUUGCUGAAAACACGAGGAGCGACACACGCUGCUGCUCUUCAUCCUGGUCAUACACUGCAAGAGGUUUUUCUUGAAUGCAAAUUAUCAUUCUCACUGUUUACAAUUAAAGAUGCAUCUCCUAUGAUAGCGAGUGAAAACAGUAGAGUACAUUUGGUGUCAAUGCUAAAAAUAAAUAAAUCAACUAAUAAA